GCCCAUCAUCCCAUCAAUGGCUCGCAAAGCGAAAGACGCGGAGCCGACCCGGCGGUCGAAGGACAGAAAAUUUCAUCCCUCCCACGCGCCGACCCAAGCGGCCGCCGCCGCCGCCGCCACGGCACCAGCCGUCGUCAUGGGGGCCGCCGAAGCUAGCACCGAGGCCUGCAUCUACGAGACCCUCCCGGGGCUAUCCCUCGACUUCUUUUCGGAGGAGAACCUUGACGCAGCCGAGCCCCAGUCGUCCCCCUACACCGCCGCCGCCGCCGCGGAGGAGGACGGCGCCGCGACCUAUGCAGUCUUCCGCAACGAGAUUACGGCUGCCGGGGAACCCCUCGUUGAUAUCCCCGCCGCCGAUUUCUUCUCCCUAGACGUCUCGGCGGCCGUCAAGGCCGAGUCUGCUUCCCCGUCGCCUGCGGCCGCGCUGCUUGCCGCGGCGGGGACACCGUCGAGCUCCCUUGCCCCGGCGGAGAAGCCGGCUCAGGGGUCGGAACGCGCGUGGUUCCGAGGAGGGAGGCGGUUCCGGAGCCCCAUGCUGCAGCUACACAAGGAGAUUCUUGACUUUUGUGAUUUUAUCUCACCUUCUGCUGAAGAGCAAUCUUCACGGACAGCUGCUGUGCAAGCUGUCUCAGAUGUUGUCAAACAUAUAUGGCCUCAUUGCAAGGUGGAAGUAUUUGGAUCUUUCAGAACUGGGCUCUAUCUACCAACAAGUGAUAUCGACGUUGUGAUAUUUGAGUCCAGGGUUAAGACUCCUCAAGUUGGGCUAUAUGCUCUUGCUAAAGCACUAUCUCAAAAAGGGGUUGCCAAAAAGAUACAGGUAAUAGCAAAGGCUCGCGUGCCAAUUGUGAAGUUUGUGGAAAGAGUUAGUGGAAUACCUUUCGACAUCAGCUUUGAUAUUGAUGGUGGACCGCAAGCAGCGGACUUUAUCAAGGAUGCUAUCAGGAAGAUGCCUGCUUUGAGACCUUUGUGUAUGAUUCUGAAGGUUUUCCUUCAUCAAAGAGAGUUGAAUGAGGUCUAUACUGGUGGGGUUGGGUCUUAUGCUCUUCUCACAAUGCUGAUCACACAUUUACAGUUGAUCUGGGGAGUGAAAGAUAUGCUGGGCUACCGACAAUCCAAGGAGCACAAUCUGGGUAUCCUUUUGGUUAAGUUUUUCGACUUUUAUGGACGCAAGUUGAACAAUUGGGAUGUCGGAAUAUCUUGCAACUCUGCAAGAACCUUUUUCUUGAAGAGUGACAAAGACUUUGUGAAUCUUGACCGGCCACAUCUUAUAGCCAUUCAAGAUCCCAUGGUACCAGACAACGAUAUUGGGAAGAAUUCCUUCAACUACUUCAAGGUCAAAUCGGCAUUUUCGAAGGCUUACUCUGUGUUAACUGAUGCAAAGUUGAUUACAAGCUUGGGACCAAACAGGAGCAUUCUGGGUGCCAUUGUCAGACCAGAUUCGGUGCUCCUUGACCGUAAAGGCUGGAACACCGAUGGUGCCUUAGCUGACAUGUUAACAGAACCCUGGGAGCCAUUGACCCAGCAGUUUGACAGCGAGAAUGAUGCAAUGUAUAAUUGGCAUGUGUUAGAUGAGGAUGAACCACUGCCCAGAAAUACUCAACCUGCCUCUGAGGACACUAGUUCAUCACCAUUGCAGAAACGCAAGUCCAAGUCGAAUAAGAAAUCACGAAAGAAGGCGAAGGGUGGUGAUGCCUCAAGCAGCGAUAAUGUUGAAAAUGGAUUCAGAAAUGAAAGAGAGCACAAUCAGGGGAAAGGGUCGACGCAAAGUGAAAGAUCACGCCAUAGUGCAGGAAGCAGCAAACGGAGAAAAGGGCCAAGAGAGUAUGACAGAUUUACAAAUACACUCCCACAGUACACACAUAUUAGUAGGUGGUGAGUCUCGUGCUGUUAAAAUAGCAACUAUGGUACGUUUCUGGAGAUCCCACAAAACUACGAAGGGCUUCGCGUGACCCAAUUAGUGGCAUGCUGGUGAACAACUGCAGCGAUCGGAUGACCAACUGUAUUUGUUGUUUGUUUUAUUUGUCUAUCUGGUCUUUCUGUAAUGAUGAUCAAACCAAAAGAUUCAGUUGUAUUAUUUGAAUUCCAUCAGGCUUACCAAUAGAAUGCAAGCAAGAUCAUUUGUUUUAAGGUAUUUUA